CAGCAUUAAAAGGGAAAAGGUUUAGAAGAAUUUCACACGGACAAGAGUAAAUGCCAGGAACAUUUUGACAAUUACAAGGAAUGCAAGAAAAAGGAGGUUGUUUCCAAUUGUUUAUCUGCCCUACAAGAGAUUUGGACCUUGGAAGGAUCUAAAUCUGAGGAAGCAUCAAGAGACAGAGAGAUAUUGCUAAGCAAGCGAGUUAUAUAUUUCCUUUUAAAUAGCAUCUCUCUUUAUGGAGUCAGGGCGUUCUGGAAUUGCUGAAUCUAGCGAUGCAGAGAGUCAACGAGCGGAGUACAACUUGAAACGACGAAAUGCAUACUCAAUAAUGGAUCCUGAUAAAAAACGAAAGAUGUUAGAUGAGAAAAACGAAAAGCGUCGAGCCAAACUUAGAGAAGCCCAGUCUUCGCAACUUCAUGCCGUCAAUACUGGGGACCAACCUCCUAAAAACUUGCAAUUGUAUUUCUUUGAUACUGACCAUGAGGUUGAGAAUAGAAUCAAAGGGGCAGAACGAAUGGAUGCAAGUGUUGUUGAAAACCUUAUUGACGUACUUGGAAGCAAUCCGUAUUCACAGUUCUUCAGAAAUCUCAAAGAUAUAUCAAGUCUUGAUGAUUGUAAUAUUCUGAUUCGUUCAAAUGCAAGUCUAGAUCAACGUGUUUACAACAUGCCUACCUCUUCUCAAGUUGCAGCAAUUUGGGUAGAUGAACAAGAUGGUAGUGGUCAGAACAAUCGUGAUAUUAGAGUUUUUGCAAAAACUGGCCAAUCACAUUCUGUGAAAUACUAUUACGGUUGUUAUGAUCCCUUGCAAUAUCCCCUGUUGUUCCCCUACGGAGAGAGUGGUUGGCACGAGGGAAUAUCUAAAGUUCCUAAAUCUUAUCAAAAUAAUUAUUCUAUUUGUGAAGGUAUUCUCCAGCCUCGGGGGUUUUCUUCAAUACAAGCUUUGUUAAACAAAGAGAACGAAAACUUUGUUGGUCAGAGCAAGCGGAACACUGUUUCAUGCAGAGAAUAUUAUGCUUAUCGUUUUCAAAUUCGACCAAACGAUCAAUCUAUGCUCCUACAUUCAGGAAGACUCUUUCAACAAUUCAUUGUUGACACCUAUAUCAAAAUUGAGACACAGAGAUUGGACUAUUUUCGAACACAGCAGCGUGAUGUUCGAACAGAAAGUAUGCAAGGAUUAGUGGAUAGCAUUGCAUGUGGGGAAACAAAUGCAUCAAAUGUGGGACGCAGAGUAAUUUUACCGGUAUCUUUCAUUGGAGGCCCACGAGAUAUGCUAUCACCAGUAAGAAAUUGA